AUGGCAUUUGUUUGGAUUAUGAUCUUGUCUGUUGGACUUAUUCAGGGCGUUUUUAUCAUCAGCAGUUUACAAACUCUAUUCCCUCGUGGAUCAAGAAAAACUUGGCUGUAUAGGCUUCUAAAAGGAUUGCAGAUUACACCUGUUCUUUUUAUAUUUGCUUCUGCAAUUUGGUUCUUCUUCUUAAAGAGUUUGCCCGUAGAAGUUGAUAACCCCUACUCGUCUUUCAAAGGUGUGGGCUACAUCGUCAUCGCUUGCUAUCUUUGGCUUAAUAUGGUAUUCAAUUACUUGGCGGCGAUGAUUGUUUCACCAGGCUAUCCAGAAACACGACAAGAGCUCGAAGAAGACACAGAUAUCCAUCUGGAAUCGUUAAAGUUUUGUACAAAGUGUACUCGUGUGCGUGACAAAGGGACUCAUCACUGUAGUUCAUGUAACUCUUGUGUGAUGUCUAUGUCGCAUCAUUGUCCGUUUACCAAUAACUGCGUUGGACUGAAUAACUACGCUCACUUUUACCUGUUCCUGGUGUACUGUUUCUUAGGGCUUUUGUUCGCUGCGUACUGUACUUAUGCACCGUUUGUGGUUUGCAUGCUAGAUUACCCUUCUGAUUCACCUUCCUACAAAGUUGGAAUUUGCGGUGAACUGGGAGACUAUGCCGUAAUGUUCCUUGUUGUGAGCUUCCUCUUUACUUUUAUCUUGAUGAUGUGUUGCUUUCACACUUUUCUUCUCAUUGUAGACAUGUCCAUGAUCGACUUUUUAAAGACCUGUCAAAAUUUAACUUGUAAAGAAUGGUUUACGAACAUUUUAUUAGAGAGGUGCUUGCAAAGAAAGAAAUUGUUGUUUCGUAAACUUCUACUAUAUCGUAGAGAGAAUUUGUGGAAGUUUUUGAUACCAGGUUUUAACGAAAUACCUGAACUUCUUCCACCUGAUGAUUUCCUAGUUUAAAUUAACUGUUCUCAGAAGCUUUGCUUGAUAUGGUUUUAGAAUAGAAGACUAAUUUUAUAGUCUGGAAAACAGCUUUUGUAAUCCAGAUGAUUAUUUAUUAUUAAGUCUUUUAGGUGAAUCUAAUGAUUGAUGACCUCUCAGGUUGUAGAAGCAUCCAUCAUUAUUGCUAGCAACAAUCCUUUUAGGGACUACAGUACUCCUACCUCGACAAUCAGACUACUUAGCAUACCAAUUAUUUAUUGUCAUUUUGGGUAUUUACAAAGAAGUAAUAAGAUCAUGAAAUGUUAAUAAGAAGCCUGAAGAUAGCAUUAUGCCUCUGUUUAUUUGGUUUGAAGAAAAUAUUUAAUUGUCACUUUUGAAAUAUCCAUACAUUCUAGAUCAUCUUGGAGACCUUCUUUAUUUCGAACCAACAUAAUGACCAGCUCUGAGUUGGCUUGUUAGCUCAGUUGGUAGAGCACUGCAGUGGUAUUGCAGAGGUCAUAGGUUCAAAUCCCUUAAGGCAUGAACUUUAAAGUUAAGGCCUUAUUUUCACUAUUGCUUAAGUAGUGUUCAUCACUGUGAAUAUCCUUUUCAUAGUCAGAAUUUUUUUUUGUAGUGUACGAAAGGAAAGGUUAUAGCUUGCAGCUUACAUCUAGAAGUGGUAAU